UGUCGACGUGUUUAUUACGCGUGCUCGCAUCAGUUGGCAACGUUUUAGUUACUUACAUAGCUAGCAGUGGCUGAGUCUUCGCUAUGUCCAGCUUACCUCCGCCCGUUUUGAAGCCGGAAAUUCGGUACACGAAGCUUUUUAUUAAUAAUGAAUGGGUAGAUUCGGUUAGUGGCAAAACCUUUUCCACUAUUAAUCCAUGUACCGAGGAAAAAAUAUGCGAUAUCCAAGAAGGUGACAAGGCUGAUGUUGACAAAGCCGUUGUUGCAGCAAGGAAAGCGUUCGAGCUCGGGUCGGAAUGGCGUCGGAUGGAUGCUUCACAAAGGGGGCUGUUGAUGUUUCGUCUCGCCGAUUUGAUUGAAAGGGAUCGAGUGUACUUGGCGAGUUUAGAAACGCUUGACAAUGGGAAGCCUUACUAUAUGUCUUACAAUGCAGACCUCCACUUGACCAUAAGUUGCUACAGAUAUUAUGCGGGAUGGGCGGACAAGAAUCAUGGAAAAGUAGUUCCCAUGGACGGAGAUUUUUUUGCUUACACCAGGCACGAACCCAUUGGCGUUUGCGGACAAAUUAUUCCAUGGAAUUUCCCCUUAUUGAUGCAGGCUUGGAAAUUAGCCCCAGCUUUAGCGGCGGGAAACACUGUGGUGAUGAAAACAGCUGAACAAACACCACUUACCGCAUUGCAUAUUGCUGCAUUGAUCAAAGAAGCUGGAUUUCCCGCCGGGGUGGUAAAUAUAAUUUCAGGAUAUGGACCGACCGCUGGCGCUGCUAUUUCUGAACACAUGGAUGUUGACAAAAUCGGAUUCACCGGAUCUACAGAAGUUGGCCAUUUGAUAAUGCAGGCUGCCGGAAAAUCGAAUUUAAAACGGGUCACUCUCGAGCUUGGUGGAAAAAGUCCAAUGAUUGUUCUCGCUGAUAGCGAUCUCGAUUUUGCGGUUGAAACUUGCCACUUUGGAUUAUUUUUUAACAUGGGACAGUGCUGUUGCGCCGGAUCAAGAAUUUACGUUGAAGAAUCCGUUUACGACGAAUUUGUAAAACGAAGUACCGAGCGUGCUAAAAAGCGAACAGUUGGAGAUCCAUAUGACGAAAGCAUCGAACAGGGCCCACAGAUUGAUCCUGAGCAAUUCGCUAGAGUUACCCGCAUGAUUGAGGAGGGCAAGCAGUCGGGUGCUAAACUUAUGUGUGGCGGCAAGAGAUGGGGAACAAAGGGAUUUUAUGUUGAACCCACCGUUUUUGCAGAUGUUCCCGACGACUCUUCAAUUGGUACUGAAGAAAUUUUUGGGCCUGUUCAGCAAAUUAUGAAAUUCAAAACCAUCGACGAUGCUAUAAAAAAAGCAAACACAACAAAAUAUGGAUUGGCAGCGGCUGUGAUAACGAAAGAUCUUGACAGGGCGUUGACAAUUGCAAACAGCGUCAGAGCAGGUACGGUGUGGGUGAAUUCUCACAACACUUUUUCAGCGGCAAUGCCGUUUGGUGGAUAUGGGAUGUCUGGGCAAGGACGAGAACUUGGCGAAUAUGGUUUGGCAAACUACACUGAAGUUAAGACGGUCAUGAUUAAAAUUUCCCAAAAGAAUUCUUAAUUGUACGUGGACGAUGGCGAAUCAUUGCAAAACAAUUGGAACAAUAUGUACCCUAUAUAUAUCCAUUAACCUAUAUAUAAGCAUUAACAAUAUGUAUAUAUAUAAAUCGAUACAAAUUGAAAGCUGUCACGGAAUUUGUAGCAGCUAUUUUGUUGAAUUCUUGUUAAUAAAAACUUAAUUAAAAGUAAAACAUCAUGCAUACAGUCUGUUCGAAGGAAAUUGAUUUUUGCAAUCGUGCACAGCGCUGGAAAAAUAUGAAUGCAAAUUUUGCUGAACCCAAAUCGUUUAAUUAGUUUGUUGCAAUUUGAA